CGCCGGCCCGGCGGGCGGGUGGGCGCGCGCAGGUUGGAGGCCUGAGCUGGACGAGCCCUGGACUGCCGCGCGAGGGGAGGUCGGCGGCGAAUGGGCUUUGACUGCGUCCUUCGGGCCCCUGCGCAGCUCCGGGCCGCUUGCUCCAGUUCUGCCUCUUCCUGCCCACCCUGUAGGAAGAACCCCGCAGGAAGGAAGGUGAAGGCGAUGACCGCUGUGCCUCUUCCGUAGGGAGCUCAGGCCUCAGCACAUCAGAUGACGCCAGCCUUUCUGGUGAGGCUGACCAUGACUCAGUCCACCCAUCCACAUGGCAGCUCCCUCACAGAAACACCCACAGACUGGGAAACAAGACUUGAAACCAAAGAGUCAACUCUAAAGUCAAACAUUACUGAAGAUUUAUCCUAGAGAGUAAUAAUGGAAAGGGAAGUUCUCUGGCAUUCUCCUUUAGGAAAAACCUGGGAACCUGAUAAUUGGUUAGAGGGGCAACAAAAAAAUCAGGAUAGACAUCUUGGCCAAGUUCAAGUUACUCAUAAGGAAACCUUCACUGAGAGGAAAGUAUGUGGAGGAAAUGAAUUUGAAAGAUGUUCCAGUCAGGGUUCAAUCAUUGAUACACAACAAAGUACUCCGAAGGGGAAAAGGCCCUAUAAUCAGAAUCCACAUGGAAAAGAUAUCAAACAAAAUUGUGAAUUAAUUAAAACUCAGAGAAUGUUUGUAGGAAAGAAAAUCUAUGAAUGUAAUGAAUGCGGGAAAGCCUUCAGCCAGAGCUCAUCUCUUCUUAAGCACCAGAGGAUUCAUACUGGGGAGAAACCCUAUAAGUGUAAUAUAUGUGGGAAGCACUUCAUUGAACGCUCCUCCCUUAGUGUACAUCAAAGAAUUCACACUGGAGAAAAGCCCUACAAAUGUAAUGAAUGUGGGAAAACCUUCAGUCAAAGCAUGAACCUUACUGUUCAUCAAAGAACUCAUACUGGAGAGAAACCCUAUCAGUGUAAAGAAUGUGGAAAAGCUUUCCGCAAGAAUUCAUCCCUUAUUCAACAUGAAAGGAUUCAUACUGGAGAGAAACCCUACAAAUGUAAUGAAUGUGGGAAAGCUUUUACCCAAAGUAUGAAUCUCACAGUGCAUCAAAGAACUCAUACAGGAGAAAAACCCUAUGAAUGCAAUGAAUGUGGAAAAGCCUUCAGUCAAAGUAUGCAUCUUAUUGUACAUCAGAGAAGUCAUACUGGAGAAAAACCUUAUGAGUGUAGUGAAUGUGGAAAAGCCUUUAGUAAGAGCUCAACUCUUACCCUGCAUCAACGAAAUCACACUGGAGAAAAACCCUACAAAUGUAACAGAUGUGGGAAAUCUUUUAGCCAAAGUACGUAUCUUAUAGAACAUCAGAGACUUCAUUCUGGAGUAAAACCUUUUGAAUGUAAUCAGUGUGGAAAAGCUUUCAGUAAGAAUUCAUCUCUUACUCAACAUCGGAGGAUUCAUACUGGAGAGAAACCUUACGAGUGUAUCGUAUGUGGAAAACAUUUCACUGGACGAUCAUCCCUUACUGUACAUCGAGUUAUUCAUACUGGAGAGAAACCUUAUGAAUGCAAUGAAUGUGGAAAGGCCUUCAGCCAGAGCGCAUACCUUAUUGAGCAUCAAAGAAUUCAUACUGGUGAGAAACCCUAUGAAUGUGAUCAGUGUGGCAAAGCCUUCAUUAAGAAUUCGUCCCUUAUAGUGCAUCAGAGAACUCAUACAGGAGAGAAACCCUAUCAGUGUAAUGAAUGUGGGAAAGCCUUCAGUCGGAGUACAAACCUUACACGACAUCAGAGAACUCAUACGUGAGCAAAGUUUCGUUGGGCCCUUUACCACGAUUAACUCUCCAGCAAUAAUCAGAUAUGUCAUGUAAUUUAGAAACCUAAUAAAUGUAACAAUUUGGGGAAUCUUUUAGAUGAAGUAUAUUAUGCCAUAUCAGAUAAUACAGACCACUGUAGAGAAACCAUAUAAAAGUGGAGAGAUCUUGAUUGAUUCAGAAAGGAAAACUUUAUAUCAGAAUGUUUAAGUAGCUAAUAUUCUAAGUAGCUAAAUAUUCUUCAUGCUGAAGAUAAGUUCUGUUGUAUCAUACCACAGACUCUCCAUGUGGUAUCAGAGACUUCACACCGGAGAGAAAAUGUGAGAGUGCUUAACUUGACAGCCCCAAGACCUGGGAUGUACUCUGAUCUGCCACUAAUUUGGACAAGUCACCUACUUUCAACAGGUCACAGUGUCCUUAUUUGGUAAAUGAGGGAUUUUGGAUUUAAAAGGCCUCGAGGACACCUAUGCACUCUGAAAAGUUACAAACCUAUAACUACAAUUAAUGGUGGGA